AUGGUGACAAAAUCAGGAAGGGAGUGUAAACUUCUAGGAGUCUAUUUGGAGGAUCUGCAGAAGAAUCGGUUGAAGUGUACUCUGUUUGGUGACUUGGUUAGCAAAGUUGAAAAAAUUUUAGAUAAAGCUGAUGGUCAGCCCUUGGUGAUGGUGACUCAAUUGUUCAAACCUCAUUUGUAUUUGAAUGAAGUCAACAUUCAAAAUAGUUUUCAUGUGUCUCAGAUUUAUAUUAAUCCUGACUUCCCUGAUGUUGCUAUAUUUAGAGAUAGCUUGACGAAGGAAGGAGAUCUAUGCUCACAAGGGAUCACUCACAUUCAAAGUCAGCCACCACAAUCUGUGUCCGAUGAAAUCAACGGGGACUCUAUUAAGUCAGUUGAGGAAAUUCUGAACAUGAGGGAGGAAUCUACAUGUUGGGUGGUUGGCACUAUAGUUUCUAUUGAGCAUGGUGUUCGAGAUUGGUGUUAUGCUUCAUGUGGAUUCUGUCCCAGGAAAGUUCAAGUUAAUAAAGAUAGGUAUCGUCUUAAUACUAUUAUAACCGAUGGAACUGGGUGUAUAAAGAUAAUCAUUUGGAAUUAUGAGGCUCGGGUCAUGAUUGGUAAAACUGCAAAUGAAAUAAUGGAUGGGAGUAAAGAUGAUCAUGAUGAAACCUAUCCUAAAGCUCUAAAUGAUAUACUUGAGAAAAAGUUCCUUUUCAAAUUAUCGGUGACAUCAAAAAAUAUUAACUGUGUGGAAACUGUCUACACUGUCCUCAAGAUAAGCGAUGAUGAAUCUAUCAUAGGACUUCAUAGCUCUCAGUCGUCUUCCAUGGAUACUCCUGGUGUUGAUGAAUUGAUUCUAAGCAGUUUGGCUACAGGUGGUCAAAUUGGAAUAGAUUUUGGUGUCAACAGUGCAUCUGUUGUAUGUUUAUCAAAGGAUAGUGGUACAGAAAGCAAUGAUGAGAGCGGUCAGCAAACUCCUGGAAAGGUGGUAACACAUGAUGUUGCAUCUAAUUCUGAUAUUCCAUACAUCUCUCCUCCUGAAGUGCAAGGUUCCAGUAACAAAAUUUUUAGACGAGGUGGUGCAAAAAGGAAAAUGGAGUAA